CUACAAGCACUCAACCACAACUACAGUCUACAGUCAAGUCCUGGCAGUCCAUCUCUCUCUAGUUCUCCUUACCCUCUCUCUCUCUCUCCGGAUCUCCGACGAAAAUCUAGGGAAAUAUUCUCAACAGAUCGUUAGAUUCGAGCCUGCGGUUCCUGCUCUCCUGCAACCCACAGCUCAUCGGGAAAAAUCCUUCGUAUCGUACGUUUUCCCCGUUUCCAGAUAGAUCGUUGAUUGCUUUAUCAACUCUCCGCUAUCCGUUUUCAGUUACGCUUUCGAUUAGACUUAUUUUCUUGCAUAACUAUGAUCGCCUUUUUGCUUCUUGCUUUGGUUUCGGUGAUUCAUCACUGCGAGAGCUUCCUUUGAUCGUUAAUCGCUUCUCUGCUUGCUUUUUUCUUUCUUUGGCUGAUUAUGGCUAGUUUGUUUGUUUGUCUGGUUGGUGGCUGUGGUUUAGGUAUAUAGGAAGCAGCAUGCCGUGGACAUCUUCUUUUGUGAAUUACAGCAGGAACUGCGUUCGCUUGGUGGUCUUUUUCCGGGUGAUUCUGUAAUUUUGCGUUUCGGCUUUGCUAGUAAGUUACCUCGUAAUACUCCUUUGGAUAUGCAGGUUUUCAUAUAUGUUUUUGCCUAUAUUAUAGUGUUUGUUUAUUUUGGAGUAAUGGAUGCUCCAGUAUGAUUUGGUGGGCUUGAUUAUGAGAUUGGGUGUUUGCUUCCUUGCUAUCUUCAUGAUGUUUUAUAUAACUUGUUCUGUUGUUAAUCAAUCAUCAGUUUUCGCUUGCUGCUGCAGGUAGUUUUGGUUGAUUUCAAGCGCGCUUAGAAUACAUAAGUGGGUUCUAGAGUGAUAAUGUACUUGGGGGUUAAACAACUUCGUGCAGUGAAGCAGGUUGGGAAGACUAAGAUGAGUGCUAGGGUUGCUGGAUAUUACCAAGUGAUGCAAAUAUGUCAGGUACAACCAUUGUGCUCCAUUGGAUCAAAGUUUGGCUCUUUGCUCUGUUAUUCACUUGACGUAUGCUUCGUACUAAUUUCGACCUGUAAACUGAUGAAAGUAUAAAAACUUCUUAUUCUUUUGGUGGUUAUAUUGAUCUCUUGAGAGGUAGAUUGCUGCUAGCUUAUUUAUGCCUUGUUAUUCUCCCAAACCAUUGCCCAUGAUGCCUCUACUUUUGCUCUAUUCCUAUGGUGGUGCAGGCUGAAUAUUUCCGUCAGUUGUUGAAACCUGUGACGUAGUAUAGAAGAGCAGAGACUCCGGUGUUAAAUUUGGAUUUUAGGGACAAAUCUCCUUCUGGUAGUGUUCAUAUAUAAAAGGGCGGUGUUGGAGAUAAUAGGAGUUCGAUGAUGGUGGGUUUCAUCUGCAAUAGACAGCUUUCCUAAAGCCAAAGAGGUUGAUAGCUUGAUUAACUAUUUUCGUCCAUUUCGUCAGUUUAGUAGUGUUUAUCACUUGCAAAUUCAAAUACUUGCCUGCCUAUAGAGCAUACAAACGAUCCAUUCUUGCUGCUCAAGAAAGGGUUUCUGAUGCAUAGAGACCAAAGAUUCAACCCGAAGGUAGUGCCUCCAUUUGCUAAUCAAGGGGGUGACAACUACAUGCAUCUCCCAGUUUCGUCUUCCUUUCCUGGGAACUUAGUUCCAGCUGCAGAUGACUUGUUGCCUAUCUAUGGUGUUCAAUUUCAGCCAUCUGAGGUCUGCCCAAGGAAUUUCGUGAUUGUUGAUCAAACUGAUCAUCACAGUAAAAUAAUGUUCAACCCUGCAAUUGGCCACAAAUUCUCUGCCCCCAACUUCAAUGCCCCUUCAAGUUUCAUCCACGAGAGCUUUAUGGGGAAAGAAGAUGCCCUUGAUAUUGAGAAGGAGUUGUCAUCCUGGAAGGAAGAUUCUCAUGAUAUUGAUGCGCUGUUAAGCUUGGAUGAGGAGGACGAUGGUGAUUAUGAAAGCGAUGAAGAUGAGGUCAGCACUGCGAGGACGUAUGGGAGCAGCUCCCCUGAUUCGUGUAGCAACUACGACCAUCACAACAACUCCAGUAGCAAUGUUUGUUCAUCUGUUCAAAAGUCUUUUGGUGGGGGCAGCAGCAGCAACAGCAGCGAGAAGAAACAGUUAAAGAUGAAGAGGAUGGUGAAGGCACUGAAGGGAAUCGUUCCUGGUGGGGAGCAAAUGAAUACCGUCACCAUUAUUGACGAAGCAGUCAAGUACCUCAAAACGCUCAAGGUUGAAGCCCAGAAGCUUGGAGUGGGGAAAUUGAAAGACUACUACGAAUAACCUAGCCCUCUUGAUUGAAAGACUAAUACAGGUAAUGUCGUAUAAUCAGUCAGUCACUCCUCUUGCCUUCCUUUAGGCAGGUGUGGCAUUAGCAGCAGAAUAAUGACAGCACUCUUACCUUGGGGCUUUUGUGUUGGUUUGCAGCACUCCGCUUUUAUAAACGUGUAGUUUGGUAUCGUUAAGUGCCGAUGAUCCCGAUGGUCAGUCUCUGAGAUGAUUUCUGUAAACUAUGUUUUAUGUACUCCCAUAUUGAUCAAGAAGACUGGGGAUGGCCAUCCACAGGGAACUUCUCUAUUCAGCUUUGUCUAUCUCUCUUCAGUUUGUUACAGACUCACUUGUACUGUAUUUACUUCUAAACUCACUCUUAUAUAAUGUUUAGUAUUUGACUGUUUAUUUUCAAUCUUUACGGUUACCGGCUUCACCUUGGUCCUGGAUUCUGAUUUCUCCUUCUAGUUAACAUAUAAUGCUCGUCUUCUCCACAUCACCCUCAGAAUCUUGGCAUGUAUACAGUAAAUUGUUGUCGCCCGCAUCAUGUGGUUGGGAGGUUUUGAGACGUGGAGAUCACAAAUGUGCAGUUGCUAAAUGGGUCUUCCCACUUUUAAAUUUGUCCUUGGAGUGCCCUACUAUCCCUCUAUAUAGAAAAGCUGUGUGGUGGUGUUAGUGGAGCACCAGAAUGAUGCAUAUGUACACACAGUAUCUUUUGUCUAUGUGUUGGGCUAAAAUCACUCUUUUAUGAAGUGGCUUAAGUGGGUUGUCCAUCACUUUAAUGUUGGCUUUCUCAAAUCUGUGUCACUUUCUUUCCCUGGUCGUCUAGUGUACUUUUUCAAGUAAAAUGCUGCAAUCCCAUCCUUGUUUGUCUUUCCUUAUGUGGUGGAAUGAGAUUAGGACAUGGGUAGGGAGAUCACUCACUGUCAUGCAUGCAUGGAUUUUGGCCCUUUUCUCUUCCUCUCUGCAUUUUCUGAAGUGCAGUGGAAGUGCCCAAUGGCCGGUGGUGCAAGUGGCGCACCACUUUUUUGCCAAUUGUGCAUUUCUCAGCACCACCAUUCCUUUUUUGGGUCCCUAUUGGAGGCUGAAACUUGUGUCACGUUGGGUGUGUCCAUUUGCUGGUUCCACUAUCAUGGAGUUGAUUCAGUAGGUGCGCGCUGGUUUUGGUGCUUUAUAGUAGUGACCCAACUUGGGGUUUCCACUUUUUUUUUUUCCGUUAGUGUUGGAUGGGUCAAUCAGGUCGUUUACAAUUUCUUUUGCAGGUUUGUUGGGUCAAUUUGGUGGUUUCUUUAAUUGUGCAGACAAAAAAGUUUGGUUCUAUGAUGGCUGUAGUUACCUCAUACACAGUGCUAUUGGACUCUUGGCUGGAAGGUUCUGCACUUCUGCUGUGGGCAAUAGUUCUUGUUGCUUCUCUGAGGUCAGCUCUUCAAUUCCUCCUCAUUAGGUCUUUCAGCAAUUGGCACUGAUCAAAGUACUAUUUUUCAUCGCUAUGACUUUGUGACGAUGUGAAUGGAUUGAUGGUUUGAUAUUUUUUGGUUUCGAAUCGGAUUAAAUCGGUGUUUAUAUGUACGAAUAUGCUGAAAAACUUAACUAGCGCAUUCGAUUGAUCGAUCAAAGAGGGGCUUAAGUGAAAGGACUUCUGCACGAACCCAGAAUGCUGCUAUUGAGGGAGCCUAUAUUGCUGUUACACUACUACCUACCUUGAUUCUCGACAGUCAAAAACCAGAGCUUUAAGUGACGGGGUUCUUCUCUGCAGGAAGACAUCAUCUAAUGAUUCUGAUCUUGUUUUGCUUACAGGAGUGUGUAACUGAGAAAACCCUUCCAUUCAUUUGCUUGGACCAGGAAAGAACCGAUCCGCCGGAACACAACUUCCCUAACUAUGCUCUAAACUAAAUUCAAAAUCCGACU